AUGAUCCCUAUUCCGAACAGCAGCGAGUCUCCCCUUCUAGACGUGAAAGAGAAGGGAGAAGACACUGACCGCUCUCCGUGUGUGCUGGGGAUUAUACCACUUAUAUAUUACAGCAUUCUGCUUUGCCUUGGAUUACCAGUAAACAUUCUUACAGCUGUGGCCCUCUCCAGAUUGGCAUCAAGAACCAAGAAAUCUUCUUACUCCUACCUCUUGGCUCUCACUACAUCAGACAUCUUGACCCAAAUAUUUAUCAUCUUUGUUGGAUUUAUUCUGCAGACAGUCAUCCUCCAUCGAGAAGUGCCCAAUGCCUUUGUCCACAUGGUCAGUGUGCUUGAAUUCUCCUCCAAUCAUGCAUCCAUUUGGGCAACAGUAGCUCUUACCAUUGACCGAUAUUUUGCCCUGUGCUAUCCAUUGCAAUAUCGUGCUUUCUCCUACCCUGAACGCACUCGCAGGGUUAUUCUUAGUGUCUUCCUUUCAGCAUUUGUGACUGGCAUCCCCUUCUAUUGGUGGAGUGAUGUGUGGAGGGACUCAAGGAAACCAAGUCUGAUGGAUCGUAUUCUCAAGUGGGUACACUGUUUCAUGAUUUACUUCAUUCCCUGCACCAUCUUCAUUUUGACUAACUCAAUCAUCAUUUAUAGGCUGAGGAGGAAAACCAAGAUCAAGAAAUACAAGUUGCACAUUGGUAAGACCACUGCUAUACUUUUGGGCAUCACCACAGUUUUCAUUGUGCUCUGGGCUCCCAGGACCAUAGUAAUCAUCAUCCACAUGUAUGUCUCCUCUGUGAACAAGGACUGGAAAGUUCACUUGGCAAUGGAUAUUAGCAACAUGCUGGCUCUUCUCAACACUGGUGUGAACUUUUUCCUCUACUGUUUUGUGAGUCAGCGUUUUCGAGAUAUUGUGUGGGAGAUCCUUCGGGUGCCUAGACUCUGUGUAACAGAGGGAAAACAAGUUCAUAAUGAGAGCUUUUCUGACUCUACACCAAAGCCAGUGGUAAUCCAAAUGGGAACAGCUUUCUGA